UAACGAACGGAACAAUCACUGCAAUUCUGUUUAUGAUACCGGGAGAAGUUGUUACAGCUGAUAGUCAGCUUGUUUACAUUUUCAUUAUAUAUUUGUAAGGCUAUUUGGCGACCGAAGUUCAGUUUUCAAUCUGUUGCAGUUGCAGCCAGAGCCUUUGCUUCCGAGCGUCGUUGAUUAUGGUUUAGACGGAGCCCUUUUCUCUGAGAUAGCAGGAGAGAGCGCGGGGCAGCCAUGCUGACGUUGGCCAGUAAGCUGAAGAGGGACGAGGGGGUGAAGACUGGCCGGCCCCCUGGGGGCCCCUCCGACUCCUCUCACAGGGUCUCUAUCAGGGACCGACUGCUCAUCAAAGAAGUUGCAGAACUUGAAGCCAACCUCCCUAGUACGUGUAAAGCCAGCUUCCCUGAUGAGAACAAGCUACACCACUUUCAGCUGGCUGUCUCUCCAGAUGAAGGCUACUACCAGAGUGGAACGUUCCAUUUUGAAAUAGAGGUCCCUGAAGCCUACAAUAUGGUGCCUCCCAAAGUGAAAUGCCAGACCAGAAUAUGGCACCCCAACAUUGCUGAGACUGGGGAGAUCUGUUUGAGUUUGUUGCGGGAGCACUCUAUCGACGGCACGGGCUGGGCCCCUACCAGAACGUUAAAGGAUGUAGUCUGGGGAUUGAACUCCUUGUUUACCGAUCUACUUAACUUUGAUGACCCGUUGAACAUUGACGCGGCCGAGCAUCAUCUGCGUGAUAAGGAGGAUUUCCGGAAUAAGGUUCAGGAUUACAUCAAGCACUACGCCAGGUGAUGACUGCAUCAGCUGCGCCAGCUGCCUGCCCCCCCCCCCCCCCCUCCCCCGUCUGUGACUGCGCAGCUGAACCCCGUCCCUAAUGUCUCAUCAACCAACUAACCGCUGCGCACUGCUGAAACGCCCCCGACUGCAAUAAGACGUCGCUGGAAGAAGGAAAGAUUAAACACGUUUUUUUUUUAAGUUUGAGGAGGGACUUGUUUAUUGGACCAGAGUAAUCAUCCGUCACAACAGGGAUCGUCCAAUGACUGGGCUUCUCGUUGUGUCUGAGCCAAUCAGAGUGGGCGCCGGUGGCAGUGAGGACCAGGGAUUUAAUCAAUCCAGUUAUCUGUUAUUUAAGAACUGGCGAAUCAAAGAGAAAGAUGAUCUGUUAGUUUUUCUCAGUUCUAGUGCCUGCCAUGUUUGUAUUGUAAAGAAAAUGCACGUGAGCUCACACACACACACACACGCACACACACAGAAUUCCUUCAUGCACAUUGAGAAACGAACAUACUCAACUAGCUUCUCACAACACACAGCACUUGGCUGUGCAUGCAAACACACAGCUGGAAAAAGGACAUAUCUGUUAUGUCACUCGUUCCUGCCCAGCCCCAACUCACCAGACAGCAUGUGAAUGACAAGUGCCACCAACCCAGUCCCCAUUCAAGUCAGUCCCCGUUUUACCCAGUCAGUCCCCAUUCCAGUCAGUCCCCAUAUUGUCCAUUUCACUCUGGAUAUGUCUGAAAAGGCACCCUAAUAAUCCCAAUAAUCCCAACCCCAUAGGCCCUGGUCAAAAGUAGUGAGUGCAUUAUAUAGGGCAGGGUUAUUCAACUCUGACCCUACGUGAGCCGAAGCCUGCUGUUUUUCAUCCCUCUAUCCUGCUGCUUUUCCCUCCACACCUCUUAGGCCCCACCCACCUCAUGUGUUCUCCUCUGCCCCCAAGGUAGGGGAAUACCAGGGCGCUCUCCCUCUCCUAGGUUGUGUAUGAGUCCUCUGAUUAGUUGACUAAAGGGAGGGCCUGUGGUCUCGCUCUCUUCUGUGUAUGUGUGUGUGUGUGUGUGUGUGUGUGUGUGUGUGUGUGUGUGUGUGUGUUGCUUUGCCUGGGCUGGCUUUGUGCCUGUGUGCACAUUGGAACAUAACAUUCAGUGUCAUCACUGUAUUAAACAUUGUAUUUACGUUUCCAUGAGGCAAAGUGUAUGUGAUCAGGAGGUGGUGUAUUUUAGUGUGUGUGAGCGCGUGUGCUUUCAAAUGAACAGGUUCAGAUUUGACUUGUUAGCAUGCUCUGGUUCCUAGCCCCACACUCCUUGUUUUACUGGCCCAGCUAGCCUAGUUUCCUGUGAGGCUCAGGAGGGUCUGUCCCUCAGUUCAAAUCCUCCUUUGCUUUCAGAUUGUAUAUCGUUUUUUAAAGAUAUAUUAAAGAGGAUGUAAUAAGGAGAA